CUGAAUUAUCCAAUUGUCUGAAAACGCAGAAAUGCUGAAUCAGCUUCAGUGAAGCUGCCUAUCAACAAGCGGAGAGAACAGCGGAGAGAAACGGACGGCGGUAAUGGAGCUACUAGCUCUGCACAUUUCUCCGACGUUAGCCAGAGAGUGUUUCUUAACGGCCAGCAAUAGCAAGUCUUGUGUUUUCCCUCGCUACGUUCGAAAUCGUCACGGAAAAUCGCGGUUCCGAUUCCAAGCUCGAAAAGGCGGUUCCAGGAGCUGGAAUCCAAACAAGAUUUCCAGGCUAGAUUUAAUCCAACAAGUACUUGAAAGAAACAAUCUCAUUGAAGAUUCACAAGAAGAAGACGAAGACGAAAUAAGUGGUGACGACUCCUCUUUUUUGUCUUUGAGUGAAAAACCAGAUAGGAACAUGGCUUUGCUUGACGAGUACGAGUUGGAAGAGCUUGAUUUUACCUCUCCCACUAAUCAUCGCAGCGGGUAUGUGGCUGUUCUGGGAAAGCCGAAUGUUGGAAAGAGCACACUUGCUAAUCAAAUGAUAGGUCAGAAGUUGUCUAUAGUUACGGAUAAACCUCAAACCACCAGGCAUCGAGUUCUUGGUAUAUGUUCAGGCCCGGAGUAUCAGAUGAUACUGUAUGACACUCCAGGUGUUAUUGAGAAGAAAAUGCACAAGUUGGAUUCUAUGAUGAUGAAGAAUGUCCGAAGUGCUGCCUUGAAUGCUGACUGUGUACUUGUUAUUGUUGAUGCAUGUAAAGUGCCUGAAAAUAUCAAUGAAGUGUUAGAAGAAGGCGUAGGAGAUUUUAAGUGUACACUGCCAACUUUACUGGUUUUGAAUAAGAAAGAUCUGAUAAAACCUGGUGAAAUUGCAAAAAAGCUUGAGUGGUAUGAGAAAUUUACUGAUGUCGACGAGGUUAUACCUGUGAGUGCAAAGUAUGGACAUGGGGUAGAUGAUAUCAAGGAUUGGAUACUGUCAAAACUUCCUACUGGGCCACCUUACUAUCCAAAGGACAUUGUAAGUGAACACCCAGAAAGGUUCUUUGUAGCUGAAAUUGUCAGAGAAAAGAUAUUUAUGCAGUAUCGCAAUGAGGUUCCUUACGCAUGUCAGGUAAAUGUAGUGAGCUACAAAACCAGGCCAAAUGCAAAGGAGUUCAUACAAGUAGAAAUUGUUGUUGAGAAAGACUCCCAGAAAAUCAUUCUCAUUGGAAAAGGAGGGAAAGCUCUGAAAACGCUUGCGACAGCUGCUCGGCUUGACAUAGAAGAUUUCUUACAGAAGAAAGUCUUCCUCGAGGGUUCGAUCCCAUAGAGGCGCCAUUGUUUAUGCAAGGGUUGUUGGGCUGUAUCAUUAUGAGGUUGAAGUGAAAGUAAAAGAGAAUUGGCGGCAAGAUGAAGGGCUUUUGAGAUAUUAUGGUUAUGGAGGGCAAAUUCAAGCACUAUAGCGUCUUUCCCCAUUUCAUACAGGUCAUUUUUGUGUAAUUUUAAAGAGUAGUUUUAUGAAAAUGUUUGAAUCAGUUUUGACUAAGUAGGGGCUCAAGGAAUGUGGCUUUUGUUUCAGAUUUCAUCUUACAAUUUUGUUUUUCACCCAUACAGUAGGUGUGCCAUAAUCUAGUGAAUUAUUAUGCCGAUGUACCCUUCCAGAUCAUUUCUCGACAUGUCUUAAAUUACUUCUAUACUAACAUUUGUUUGCCGUUAAUGUUAAUAUCCUUUGUUGAACAAA